UUUCUCUCUCUAAAAUCAGCGACUAGCCAAGAGAGAAAGGACUUUGCUCGCUCUCCUUCUCUCCCUUCCUAUAUAAUAUAUAUAUUUAUAUUUUUUUCCAAAAUCUUCAGUAAAAUUAAACAUUUGCAGCCAUGAAAGCCCAGUUCUCCUAAGACAGGUUGGCUCUCGGCACUUGGGUUUUGACGGGUUUUUGGUUUUAUCAAUGGAGCUGGAUGUCGUUCAAGUGAAACAUGAUCGGAAUUGCAUUGAACAUGAGUCUUCUGAGCAAUCACUUUGUCCAGAGACUCUUGGUAUAAGUGAUGCCUUCAGAGACCCUGAGCUGCUUCCUCGCAUUGGUGAUCGGUACCAGGUUGAGAUACCAUCUCUUAUGACACGAUCUGCCUACCUCUUGGUAACAGAGAUGGGAAAUGAUCCAACAAUCUUGCCUUGUACUUCCCAUGAUUUUUUAAUGGGAUUGCCUAUUUCACUAAUGUGGAUCAAGGAGGAAGUCAAGAACAUUAAACAUGAGCGCCAAGAAUUUCCUGGUGAUUUGAAUGGCAAAUCCAUAAAAUAUGAAAGCAUUACAGAGAUGCAGAUUUUUACAGGAGGUGAGUUACAAGUUAAGACUGAGCCUGUGGACAUUACAACCAAUGGUGGAAUAGAAGACAGUGAACCUGGAAAGUACAGUUUGCAAGAAGAUAAAAAGAAUCAAAUGCAUCAGCAGCAUGGAUGCAAAGGCUACCUUAUGGUUCCUGGUACUUUGGGUGUUGCAUGGAAUGAUUUAGAGGAGGCCAGUUUCCUCCUUGGUUUAUACAUAUUUGGAAAGAAUCUUGUUCAAGUAAAGAAAUUUGUUGAGAGCACAGAGAUGGGAGAUAUUCUUUCAUUUUAUUAUGGGAAGUUUUAUAGGUCUGAGAGAUACCAUAGAUGGUCAGAAUGCCGGAAAGUAAGAAGUAGAAGAUGUAUAUAUGGACAAAGGAUUUUUACAGGAUCCACCCAACAAGAGCUGCUAUCUCGUUUGUUUUUACAUGUGUCAGCAGAGUGCAAAAAUGGCUUAAUGGAGGUUUCUAAGACAUUUGGAGAGGGAAAAAUGUCGCUAGAAGAAUAUGUAUUGACCUUAAAGGCUACAGUUGGAUUGAACACCCUUGUUGAAGCUGUGGGAAUUGGCAAAGGGAAGCAAGACUUAACGGGCAUAGCUGUGGAGCCUCUUAAGUCGAAUCAUGUUGCUUCUGCUCGUCCAGAAAUACCAGUUGGCAAAGCUUGCUCCACCCUUACACCUUUGGAAAUUGUUAACUUCCUAAAUGGAGGCUAUCGAUUAAGCAAAGCCCGAUCAAAUGAUCUUUUCUGGGAGGCUGUUUGGCCUCGUUUACUUGCAAGAGGGUGGCACUCUGAGCAGCCUAAUGAUCAUGGUUUUGUUGCUGCUUCCAGGAAUUAUCUGGUCUUUCUAAUCCCUGGCAUCAAGAAAUUUUCAAGACGGAAACUAGUGAAAGGAAACCACUAUUUUGAUUCUGUCACUGAUGUGCUGAAUAAAGUUGCUUCAGAUCCAGCUCUUCUUGAGCUUGAUGUUGGAACAGACAAAGGCUAUGGUAACAAGGAAGAAAACGGGUGGACUAGUGAUAAAAUUAUGGACCAACAAGAUUUUCCUGAUAAGCAGCGGCAUUGUUAUCUCAAGCCACGAACUCCUAGCCGCAGUGCAGAAAUCAUGAAAUUCACUGUUGUUGAUACAAGUCUGGCUAAUGGGGAAACAAGCAAAGUGAGAGCACUGAGAAGCUUACCAUUUGAAAUGAUAAACAUUUCCACCUUCACAAGUGAUUCUGAAGAAAGUGAUGAAGAUUCUUCUGACGAUUCAAGAAAUGAAUCUGAUUCUUCUGACAACUUGUGUUUUCAUCAUGAUAAGACUGAUAUUUCAAAAUCUGCAAAGAUCAAUAUUGACAAGGGAGACUCAUCUGGCAGGGAAAAUUUUGAAAACAAUGUUUUAAUGCAGUGUUCCCCUAUACUUGGCACAGGUUUCACCAAGGUUCCAGUCAAAAUCCCCAAGGAUCAGAAAGAUGGUAAGUAUGGUGACAGGCAACCAAGUAAGCAUGUCAAGGGUCAUGCAAUAAAGAGAACCAAACCUGCAGAUAGGAAUCUUUUAGCGCCUGUCGCAAAACGAUGCCGAAGGUUAACUGCAUGUGACCGAACAGCAACUACCUCUGGUACGGUCAAUGUCUCAGUUGAUCCCCGGUUAGAACAAGAUGAAGUUGGCUGCACUUCAGGAAAUCCUGACUUGCAAGAGAGUACUCUCUCUCAUCGGGAUUCACAUCAGGCAAAGUUGUCAUCCACCAGUUCUUCGUCUAGAGGCAGUCCUACCAUUACGGAUGAAUGCACUCUCAGCAGUAACUCACCUUUUGCUGAACAUCAUAAUGGGAAAUCUCAGCCUCGGACAUUGAUUGACCUGAACAUACCCAUCCCUCAAGAUGCUGACUCAGAACCUUUAAUGAUGGAAAUUACAGAAAGUCAGCAUGAUCAAGCAAGUGGACAGGCAGAGGAUUCUGUUAUGCUGAAAAGUUCCAUAUCAGUAUGUGAUUCUACUACUGAGCAACCUUCUGGGAUUUCCCGUAGACAAAGCACACGAAACAGACCUCUGACCACUAAAGCACUGGAAGCUCUUGCUUGUGGAUUUUUAAGCAUAAAGCAGAAGCGAAGGAGUAGGGAGGAUGAUUUUUCGCUAGAGAACUCAAUAUCAAGGCCUUCACGACGUGCUCGCAGUAAGGUGAGAGUUACUGAAAACUUCGGAACUGGUGUAAUGGAUUUCAAAGGAGAUGAAAGAGCAAACGGCGUAUGUAAGGGGAGUAGUGACAUGUUCAGUGAGCUUCAUGUUUAGCUUGGGGAAAGUAUAAGGCUCCAAAUUGUGGGCUCCGAGAUUGGUCAGUUGCCAAUUUCCCAGCUUGUAACAUAAGAAUGGGGCUCUAAACGCCUUCUGUGUGCUAAUCAGCUCAUGAAGAAUGAGCAGAGCACUUAGCUACUGAGGUAUCUGUAACAUGAAUAAUAUAGCAAUCUUUCUUUUUAGCUUCCAACUGCUGUGGCAUACAUGGCUUCACCUGCUAACUUCAUGAGGCUGUCUGUAUUAGGCAAAGCGCCAUUAGAGGCACUCAGCAUCAUUUAGAGAAGAUGGAGGGAGUAGCUGCUUGCCAGUUAAAUAUUUAUUAUUUAACAAUAUUGGACAGAAUAAAUGGUUCAUUAUUUCUGUGUCUCCUUGGCCUGGAUUUUUCAUACUGUCAUGUUGUUGUUGUUGUUGUUGUGUAGUAAGGGGAAAUUUGACAGUGUUGCUGCCAAAUUUAAGAGAUUGUUGAUGUUGAUGAUAAAGUUUGAGGGAGCAUUCAAGCUGGUUGAUAGAA